AAAAAAUAUAAAAAAACAAAAGAAUUAUCCAAAUGCCAUAAUAAAUCAUUAAAAUCCUCAUCUCGAAUUUUGAAAGCAUAAAAAUCUUUUCAACUUUUUUGAUAAUAAUCCGCACAAGCAGCGUCACAGGUUCACAAAACGUCGACACACAAAUAAAUAAAAAGAAACAUCACAAUUCACAACACUUCCAUACACAUCACAAACCGAAAGAGAUAAGGACAUGCGCCGGUCAUUCGGUGGUGGCGGCAGCAUGGGCGGAGGAAGCGGCGGAGGCGGUGGCGCCAUGUUCAGAACCGCCCGGAGGAUCAUCAGGGCAGGCAGCGGCGGCGGCGGCGGUCCGCCGGAACCCACCUCUUCGUCCGGCAGCUCCACCACCACCCACGCCGCCGCGGAUUCGAGAAGCGGCGAGCAAUUAAGUAAAAAUCAAUCCGAACCUCCACUCGCAUCCCUAACCCUUUCAUCGGAUGGACCUAAAAAUGGGUCGCCAGCUUUUUCGACGCUGAUUAAUCUUCUGAAGCCCGGCGCACCUGUACCCGACGAAUGGGGAUCUUGCGGCGAUGAUGACGUGGAGUGGGUGUGUCUGGAUGCGUGCAAUGAACAUGAAAGCGUGGUUUCCCUUGAUGACGAUUUAGUCUUUGGUACUGUUCCAUCCAGAGAUGAAGUGAAUUAUGCAAUUUCUGCUCUUCAACAGGCCUGUCGACCUGUGUCCCCUGCACAUAUUGCAACCGAGAAAUUUAGCAUAGCUGUGAAUGAAGAUAACAGUAGUGAAGGGUCUGAGAAGAUAAUUUCCUCAUCCUCAUCUGAGGUCGAUUGGAUCGAACCUUCACUAGCUCUCGGCAGUUCAAGAAUGUUGAGGCCUUAUGGACUCGACAGAGUUUAUGAUGCUUUCCAUUUGUUGCAAACUGAUGAACAAGGACUUAAUAAUAAUAGCAUAGACAAAGCAGCUGAUGAUGAUAACAAUCCAGUCGAAGACAUACUGAGUUGGUUUCUAGUGAACACAAAAGUGAAAAUUAUGCAGCUUAUUGAAAAACUAAUGGAGCUUGCAAAUACGUUUUUUGGGCCUUCAAACGAGGAGAAAAAAGGAGGUGAAUCUGAUCCUCUGCAGGAAAAGCUGAAAACUUCUCUGUUUCUUUCGAUUAUCGUCCUCUUAAUAGUCGUAGUCACUCGAGCCAAGAGUGCGUGA